AAUUUUAUAAGAACUGAAACUUGAAAAACGCAUUCAGAUUCGAAUCUCAAACAUUAAAACAGAAGAAUGGGGGCGCCACAGGAGGUUGCUAAAGGAGCCGAUGAGAAUGGAACUCGCGACGCAACACCCACUACAAACAUCUCCCAUGCACAAUUUCUCCUCUGGAAACAGCGCAAGGAUGCACUAGCAGCUGCUAAAGCUGCAGAAGUGGCUAGGAAACGUGCAGAGGAUAUAGCAGGGGGCCGAGCACGAAUGAAUGGUCGUGAGCUUUUUGAACAUGAACCUUGGGUAUUUGAUGACAGUCGAUUUGAUUAAGUACCAUACUCUUCACUAUGCUUUUUCAAUUUAUGAAUAUAUGAGUGUACCUUAUGAAGGUUGAUUCAUCUAAAAAAACAUUCUAGAUGGGUGUACCUUAUCAAGGUUCAUUUUAUGUCUCUUAGCUCGCUAGUAUCCUGAUGAUGGAUCAUGGAGUGUGAUCUGAAAUGUUGAUUCUAAAACUAACAGUCUUAUCCAGAAAUCCAGACAUAACUUAAAAUUAUGAAUUGUGGAAAUCUGAUAUCAUUAACAUUUAAGAUAUUUUUUGCACGAGGAAAUAUUGCAUUAAAUACUGUGCACUCUA